CUGGGGAGCCCACCCUCCUUGCAAGAUCCCUGAGCCCCAGCGGCUGCUGCUGGGGACCUCGGAGCCCUGGCUGCAGCCGGGAGAGGUGAAUCUCGAGUAGUAACAUUCCCGCUGCUCCCAGGAACCUCUCUCAGUGCAGAGACCCCAGCCUGGCCAGGACCCCCCUUCCCGGGCCCCAGCCCCUGCUCCCAGGGAGGGCACCGCUUGGAGGGAAGGCUGCAGAAUAAGGACAACGUGUUGCUCCAGAUCAUCCAAUUUUCCUAGGGUACGGGGAAGGGAAAUGGCUAUGGUGGAGCCAGCUCAGAUGCCGGUGACCUUCGAGGAUGUGGCUGUGUAUUUCACUGAGGGGCAGGGGGCUCUGCUGGACCCCGGUCAGAGAGCCCUGUAUAGGGACGUCAUGCAGGAGAAUUAUGAGACUGUGACCUCACUGGGAUUCCCCAUUCCCAAACCUGACCUGAUCAACCAGCUGGAUGCAAGGGAAGAGCCAUGGGUCCCAGAUCUCCAGGCCUCCAAGGAAACAAAGAUCUCAAGAGGUACCCACACAGCAGGUGAUGAGACAAUGAGUGAGAAUGAGGAGGGGAAUCCACAACAGGAAUGUCCUGAGCAAGUGGAACUGCAAGGGAGCAUAUUGAGAAGAGCAGAUGGGAAUUUUUUCCAAUGCUUGGAACAGAGAAAAGCCUGGAGUAAUUGGCACAGGUCAGAAAGAAAGCUGGGAAAUUGCCAAAGGAAGCAAGUAGAUGAAUCCAUUGAAAGUAGGAGAGGAGGUAAGGAUCCCAAGGAAACCAGAGCCCAGCUGACAAAUCACAAAGGAAAGAAACCCUAUAAAUGCUUGGACUGUGGCAAAAGGUUCAGUGGGAGCUCAAAUCUUAUUAACCAUGGGAGACUGCACACAGGAGAGAGACCCUAUACAUGCCUUGAGUGUGGGAACAGCUUCAGUAAUGUCUCAGGCCUUUUUUGCCAUAGCAGAAUCCACACAGGAGAGAGACCAUAUAAAUGCCUUCAGUGUGGGAAGAGUUUCACUGUAUCAUCAGCCCUUGUUAUUCAUCAGAGAACCCACACGGGAGAGAAACCCUAUAAAUGUCUUGAGUGUGGGAAAAGUUUCCGUGCACGCUCAGCCCUUAUUGUACAUCAGAGAACCCACACAGGAGAGAAACCCUUUAACUGCUUGGACUGUGGGAAAAGUUUCCGUCAGAGCUCACAUCUUAUUAGCCAUGCAAGAAUCCACAUGAGAGAGAGGCCAUAUAAAUGCCUUGAGUGUGGGAAAAGUUUUAUUGCAGCAUCAGCCCUUAUUACACAUCAGAGAACCCACACAGGAGAGAAACCCUAUAAAUGCUCGGAAUGUGGUGCAAGCUUCAGUCGGAGCUCAAAUCUUAUUACUCAUCAGAGACUGCAUACGGGAGAGAGACCAUAUAAGUGCCUUGAGUGUGGGAAAAGUUUCAGUGCACCAUCAGCCCUUAUUGUACAUCAGAGAACCCACACAGGAGAGAAAUCCUAUAAUUGCUUGGACUGUGGGAAAAGUUUCCGUCAGAGCUCACAUCUUAUUAGCCAUGCAAGAAUCCACAUGGGAGAGAGGCCAUAUAAAUGCCUUGAGUGUGGGAAAAGUUUUAUUGCAGCAUCAGCCCUUAUUACACAUCAGAGAACCCACACGGGAGAGAGACCCUAUAAAUGCUUGGACUGUGGUAAAAGCUUCAGUUGGAGCUCAAAUCUUAUUGCCCAUGAGAGACUGCACACGGGAGAGAGACCCUAUAACUGUUUGGAUUGUGGGAAAAGCUUCAGUCAGCACGCAAGCCAUAUUAAGCAUGGGAGAAUCCACAAAGGGAAGAAACUGUGAAAA